ACCCCCAGCAGACACGUAAGGAACGAAGUUUGUUACGAGAUCAAAAUACCGCUAAAUAUUCCACUUGAGAAAGCCUGAAUUGCCCCCUUUUCACAAAAAUUAGGACUGAGCGAGGUUUUUCAAUAUAUUUUUGAGGUAACGAAAGUUUUCCAGCGAUAAAAACGUUAUCUGAAUCGUUAUACCAGCGAGAAACAAUGGACGACAACGUUGGCGUUCCGAGGACAGGCGAAGGAUUAUCGGUAGUGCCUUCGUUAUCUGAAGUAAGCGAACAGAUCGCCAUCGCCGAGCACAUCCCGACUGAACACGAAACUACCACAACUGCCGUCUUCCAUGCAGGCGAAGAGGCUUCGAACACGAAUGUCGGUGGACAUCCACAGUGUGAAGUGCAAGUGGUGAAAGUCGGAGAUGGCAAUGUUAGUAUCAGUUUCGCCACCCCUGCUCCGGCCGUGUCACACAUUCAAGCUUCUCAAGCCUCUUUACAACCUAUUCAGGAGGUCAUCGCAGACAGUCCGGCGCAUUCUACGCGAUCAUCUAGUCCGAAUCUUCAAGAAUCGCAAGCCGUGACAACUAUUCAACAAGCAGAACAAGAUGAAAUAUCUGGGAAUCAACACGCCGACAAUGGUUCACCUUUGGCACGUCAGAAGUUCGAAACCCAGGGAAAAUCGGCGUGGGAUGCAGCUUUGAGUACAGACGUGCUCAUCGUCCGCUGCAGAAACGAAACAGCUGAGUUAUUCAAGACAAAACUUGGAUCAGGAGGUCGUGGAAAGUGCAUUAAGUAUCAAGACCAAUGGAUGACACCAUCAGAGUUUGAAGCACGUUGUGGAAGGGCAUCUUCAAAGGAUUGGAAGCGUAGCAUACGUUAUGGUGGUCGAACCCUCCAGUCUUUGAUUGAGGAUGGAAUUCUCUCCCCUCAUGCCAUUUCCUGCACUUGUGCAACUUGUUGUGACGAUGACACUUUGGCUGGUCCAAUAAGGCUGUUUGUCCCAUAUAAACGUCGUAAGCGUGAGUCAUCGCAAUCUGGAUCACCGAUUCUGAAGAAGAGUUUGUCUCUCAGUUCUGAGAACUCAAGACGAGAUGCCCAUGGAUUCAUGAUGCGAUCUGUUAGUGUUGACUCAGCAUCGGGUGCUUUUGCUACCAACGAGGAUGGGACAGUUAUGGACACUGGAGAUUUAUCCAAUGGUCUGGUGACAGUCAGCAGCUGCGUAACAAGUGCAGUGCCACCUCAGACUCCUGCCACUCCUCUUACACCCAUGAUGAGUCCCUGUCCUCCAAUCAUGACACAGGCGGCAGCAGUCAGACCUGAAGGUCAACAGACCAUCACAGUUACAUUACCUGUUACACCUCUCCCAACUGGAGAUGCAGUCGUAGAUCAGAGAAGACAUUGGUGGCAUAUCGAAGAGGUAAUUGAACAUAUGGUUUGCAAUGUAGUGAAUGAUGCUUUACCAUUGAGCUAG